AUGUCCCUCCCAACAGCACGAAAAGAUAUCAGCGAGCAGCCCGCAGCGGGGUCCGUGACAGCUCCAAUUGAUCGAGCAGCCAAAGACGCAGAUGUUGAUCGAAAGAUACGAUUGUACCACCUUGUCGGCGCAUUUCGCGAAGGUCGCAUGCCCACGAACGAGCAAAUCGAACAAACGCUCGACUACGUUCUAGCAAACUCCCCCGUCGAUCUUUCAAAGCUCUCCCCGGAAGGUCGAAGCCUAAUUGAGGACACUCGCGAUGUCAUCAAUACGGCCAAGAUUAUUGUACAAGAGAAAAACGCGGAUGAACUCCUGCAAAGCUUCAUCUGGCAUACACGGAGUACCAAUGCCAGUACCGUCUUAAAUAAGGACCCCAAUCAGGCAGCCCCCUUGGACAAGUCGAAAAUAGACAACGACGCACAACAUGCUACACGCCACCUUCGAACUCUCGUCUCGCUCAUUCUAACCAACGCCGAAGUUCGGAAACUCCUCACCGAUUUCUCAGUCAUUGGACGUGAUCUGCUAGCUAUCUCAGCUUCCAAGGCUUCGGAGCAGAUGCGCCCGUCUGAGGAUCAACUUCGCAGAGUUGACGAGCCUGCGCCUCAAGAUCAGUUUAUCACCGAAGGCGGUCGCGUUGCGGGCCUCAACGAAACUCCCGUGCUUGAGGCGCGUGUGCCGGGUACAGACCACCGUGUCACUCAGCACCCAAAAGACGAGUUCGGAAAGGGCGCGACCAUUAAGACAGAGAGCGGAGACACCAUACCAGCGUCCAGGGCGUAUGACCAAGCACGUAUCGAGGCAGAUGCUGCGAAGCAACGAGGUAGAGAAACAGCAGAACAAGGGAGGCAACAGGCAGUUGAAGAGUACGACGACGUUCGUCGGGCUGCAGAUGACGAUACUCGUGACCCCAAUGCUGAGGUAGAUGAGAAGAAGCAGACGCUUCGCGAUCGUAUGCGUGGCUAUCGCGAUAACAUCACCGAUCGAAUCCCGACGCAACACAAAGACCGCGCCAACGAGCAUGCUGAUCGCACGAAGAAGUUUUUGUUGGAGGACUACUUUCCCGAAGAACGUAGGGAUCAGUUCAUCUAUCGCGGGAAGAAGGUCGUUAUCGAGUGCCAGAAGCACGACGAGUACCAGGAGAGCAUGCGAUGGCUGCUCGGCGCUAUUGAAGAGUACGUUGGCCACGCUAAGAAAGUUGGCGUGCAGGGUCAAGAAAGCGGCAAGCAACUCAAGCAGACGGCGCUCUCAGAGUUGCGCACUCUCUUAGAGAGGUUCGCCAACGGCCAAACUAUGGAUGGAGUCUUUGACGCCAUCAACGUCCUCAUUGACGACACUCGUCGGGACCCCGAGCUUCGCGAUUGGUUCGCCAAUGUCGAUACAUAUAUGCGCAAGGUUCUCCUGGAGGCCGGAUACGUCUUGGAAGAUGAGUGCAACCAGGCCGCGAAUGAGCUCAAAGAUAAGGGCAGGAUGUUCUACGACGAUAAGUAUAAGAGUCAUUUCGACAACCUCUUCGACCAAUUCGGCCGUUGGUUUGGUGCCAUGGGCGAAGACCCCUUAAACAAACAACUGGGCGACGAUGUCGCCCGCUUGACCAAAGAGCUGCUUUUCGACGACCAAGGAUCUCUCCAGUUCAAGCCCCAUCUGUGGCGAGACAUCCGCAACGUCAUUGUCCCCGCCUUCGUCGACAAGGCCGGCUACUUCCCCAUUCCCCGCAUCGAGUACACCGACGACAACCUCGACCUCGUACUGGAAAACCUCGUGCUCGCUGGCCGCAACAUCUUGCCUAAUGUCCUUGAGAUGGAGAUGCGUAAUUACUUGAAGAUGUCGCCGUACGAUGCUAUCCAGGACAAUGGGAGGAGUGAGCUUCGGCUGGAGGGCUCGCAGAUGCAGGUCGAUAUGCGGGAUGUUGCGUUUUGGUACAAGAAGAAAGGUGGCAUGGGGCCGAACAUGUCGGACAGCGGUCUCGCGGACGUGCUCAUUGGAGGGAAGGGGCUUCAAGUCGACAUCCACAUUGUCACCACGGACAAGCGCGACAAGAGUCGCAUCAUCAAGGUCAAGGACGUGAAUGUCAAGAUGGAUUCAUUGAAGUUCUCCAUCAGAGGCUCGAAGCACGACUUGCUGUACAAGGUGUUUGGCAGCGUCGCAACCGGUUUGGUCAAGAAACAGAUCCAGAAGGCCAUCGCUGAUUCCAUUCGAACCGGGGUGGAGUACAUUGAUGGCCAGCUCGUUGGUGUACGCGACCGUAUGAACGAAGCCAAGGUCAGCGACGACGCAACCCGAGCCCAGGCACUCAAAGACGUGUUCAAGCGCAAGCAAGACGAGGCGUCUUCUCUCAAAUCCUCCGACAAACGCUCGCAGUUCAAGGUCAUGACAGACAAGAAGAGCUCUGUCAUUGACCCCAACGCGGGGCACCCCGAUGGUUGGGUCAACCGAACUGAAACUGCUCCCACACGAGGCCGUGAAUGGAGGAGCGAUGCUUUCACUAUUGUCUGA